AUGGACGAGAAAGAUUCUCCGAGGAGCGACCACAGCUCUGUCGCGUCGUUCGGGUCCAUCGAUACGGAUGACGCUGACCUCAGGACGGCAAAGACACGUGGAAGCUUGUCGCGAUCGAAGCGUAGCGCCAUCGGACUGCGCACAGCCGCAGCGCGGAAGCGACGGAAGCUGGAGUCGGCAGUUGUCUCGCCGGAGAGCCCGCUACCCGAUGACGCGAGUGCAGACGAAGUAGAAGCCCUGCAGCAAGCCAAACAAGCUAUCGUGGACCAGCUGGAGGCGCUCGACCGCGUUGCGCCCGCAUCGCCGUUGUCGGUGGUCGACGGGGCCGUGACGACCGCGGCUCCUCCGGUCGUACUGAGCCGCCAAACAAGCCGAGCAACACUGCCAAACGCGCUGCAAACGGACGCCACUGCAAGUUUCCGGCACUGGGACUUUCUUCUCCAAGAAAUGCAGUGGAUGGCGACGGACUUUACGCAGGAGCGCAAGUGGCGCUUACGGAAGGCAAAGACGCUAUCGGUCUCUGUGCUCAGCCACCACAACAAGAAAGCAACGGCUGCAACACGCUCAUCCCAGCAUGAAGAAGCGCACCGAAAGCGUUUAGCGGCCAAGAUUGGCCGCGACAUCAAGAAGUUUUGGCUCCAGAUCGACAAGGUCGUCGCACAUCAGUUCAAGGCCGCGGAAGAUGCGCGGCAAAAAGAUGAGAUGGAAAAAUACGCCACUGCACUCGCGACGACGUUCGCGCUGCCAAUGGACGCCGAUAUGUCGGAAGGAAGCGACGACGAAACGACGGACGAGCAUUCGCCGCACAACGACGCCGACUCGGAUGGUGACUUCGUCAUGCAGGGUGACGACGUCGCUGAUGACGAAACGACCAUUGCCAUCGAAGAGGCUGUCCAGUCUGCCGAAGACACGGCGCUUGAGCUCGCGCUGCUUGAUGAAGAAGGACAACUCUCAAUUGACGAGCUUCGGAAGCGCUAUGCUGCUAUGGCAAGUUGUGCCACCGGCUCGCCCGUGGGGGUACACCAUGUCGCAUACGGCAACACUCAAGUCGGUGACCGUGACGGUGACGACGAAGACUUCUCAUUGGGCAGCGACAGCGAUGAUGACGACGAGACGACGAUCGCGGUCGAAGAGGCGGCGCAGUCGGCGCAAGACACGGCAGAAGAGCUUGCUGAGCUAGAGGUCGACGCCAACCUCUCGAUCGAUGAGCUGCGGGCCAAAUACGCAUCCGCGGGGGCAACAUCGGAUGUUGCUGUAUCGGACGAUGGUGACUUUGAAAUGGAGACCGAGUCUCUAGACGACGAGUCGACGAUCGCGAUCGAAGAAGCGGCGCAGUCGGCGCAAGACACGGCAAAAGAGCUCGCUCAAUUAGAGGCUGACGCGGACAUUUCCAUUGAGGAGCUGCGCGCGCGUUACGUUGCAGUCGUCGAGGCUGCGUCAGAGAGCGGAUUGAACGACAUCGACUUGGACACCGCGACCGAAUAUGUCGACGACGAGAUGGUGAUCGCAACCAAGCAGGCUUCGCAUUCGGCGCCAGAUCCAACAGGCAUACGCGCGCAGCUGCCAGCAAGCACCAAUUCGUCGGGAGAUGUGCACGCAGCCCAGGCGUCCGCUACGAGCAUCCAUGCCGCGGUCUCACAAACGGAGCAAGGUCUUUGGGAUGCGGUUGGCGUCGUGCGCCCAUUUUUGCUGCGCCCGUCCCUGCAUCUUCGUGCAUACCAGACGGCAGUAGGCGUUGCGUGGCUGCUCUCGCUGGCGCACAACCGCAUGAAUGGCAUCUUGGCGGAUGAGAUGGGCCUCGGAAAGACGAUCCAGACCAUUUCUAUGCUGGCGGCGCUCGCGACGGAAGGGUAUGUGAUCUGGGGGCCCCACCUCAUUAUCGUGCCGACGUCGUGCAUUCUCAACUGGGAGAUGGAGCUAAAGCGCUGGUGCCCCGCGUUCAAGAUCAUGGCCUACUAUGGCAGUGCCAAGCGGCGAAAAGAUCUGAGAAAUGGGUGGUCCAAGACAAACGCCUUCCAAGUUUGCAUUACGUCGUACCAGCUCGUGGUCGCAGACGCACCGUGCUUCAAGCGCAAGAAAUGGUACUACCUCAUUCUGGACGAAGCCCACAACAUCAAGAACUGGAAGUCCCAGCGCUGGCAAACGCUCCUGACGUUUAACACGCAGCGUCGACUUCUUCUCACAGGCACGCCGCUGCAAAACAAUCUCAUGGAGCUCUGGUCGCUCAUGCACUUUUUGAUGCCACACCUCUUCCGGUCACGGGCACAGUUCACGUACUGGUUCAACAACCCGCUCAACGCAAUGGUGGAAGGUGAAGCGGCCGUGAACGCGUCGCUCGUUGCGCGACUUCAUCGCAUCAUCCGUCCCUUCGUCUUGCGCCGCCUGAAGAAAGACGUGGCCAAGCAAAUGCCAGGCAAGUUUGAGCACGUUCUGAUGUGCCCCCUCUCCAAGCGGCAGACGUUCCUCUACGAAGACUUCAUGGCCCGCUCGAGCACGCGCAAGGCCAUGACGGGCGGCAAUUUUGUCGGCAUGAUGAACGUCCUCAUGCAGCUGCGCAAGGUGUGCAACCACCCAGACCUGUUUGAGCCGCGACCAAUCACCUCGCCGUGGGACGUGCCACCGCUGACGCUCUUGUACCCGCUCUCGACCAGUGUCCUUGCCAAAGACCUGCCACCGUGUGUUCCUCUUCUUGAAGCCAGCGGCGUGACGAAGCGCCUCUUGCAGUCGUCAACUUUCGUUGUUGAUGACGUGUCCUUGACGCCAUCAAACGUACCGCACAGUGCCCACCCGCUGGUCAAAGCGUUCAUGGCGGAGCAUGUCGCUCUGUUGGCGGUUGCGCGCGAGGCUAAGAUGUCAACGCUGGUGGCGAUCAACCGGCGUCGUUGCCAGAACCAUGUGCCGCUUCUGACUCAUGAGAUGCUUCACGCGUGCACGCUGCCGCAACUCAUUUCGGCGGCGAUGGACGUUCACGCUCGGCCAGACGCAGCUUCAGACGCGCUGCAGACAUUGGUGGUGUCCGGACGCCGCCGAUUUAUAGCGCUCGCAUCGUUGCUACCCCACGUGCUAUGUUACGUUCACGCCGUGCGCACGCGUUCAGUUCAAGUCGACGUUUCGGGCCGCUUACAGCUGGGCGCGUCCGCGAGGCUGAAGUCUGGGCCGAGACUUCCGCUGCGCUCGAUGCUGAACAUUCUCGAGGUCUUUCUCAACAUCCACGGGCACACGUACUUCCGCCUCGAUGGUUCGACACCAGUCGAGAAGCGGCAGCGACUCAUGGACCGAUUCAACGCAGACGAGAAGGUCUUCUGUUUCAUCUUGUCGACACGCAGCGGCGGUCUCGGCAUCAACUUGACGGGCGCGGACACGGUCAUCUUUUACGACAGUGACUGGAACCCAGCGAUGGAUGCACAGGCCCAAGACCGCGCACACCGUAUUGGCCAGACGCGGGACGUGCACAUCUACCGCCUUGUAUCCGAGCACACGGUCGAGGAGAACAUCUUGCGCAAGGCGCAGCAAAAGCGUCAUUUGGACGAUCUUGUCAUGGCGGAGGGGCAAUUCACAACAGAGUACUUCACGAAAGCAAGCCUUCGUGACCUCGUCGCGCAUGAGGCAAUGCGUGACACGACGGACGGCGACGACGAGGCGCUGGAUAUGUCAGUGGUCGAAAGUGCGAUGGCCCAAAUUGAAGAUGUCGAAGACGUAGCGGCAAUGCAGGCCACCAAGGCGGCUCAGCGAGUUGAGAAGGAGGAAGACGAUGCUGGCUUUGACGAUGACAUUGCUGACGCAGCCACGAUCUCGGUCGACACGGAAACCGACACUGCACUGCUGCAAGGUGUGAUGGAAGAGCAACUUCGGCCCAUCGAUCGUAUGGCGAUCAGCUUCCGCACGCACAUCGACCCAAUGUUUGUGGCUCUGCCCACCGUCUCGAUGGAGUCGAUUCACGCGCAAGACGAGCUCGAGCUCGAGCGCAUCGAGGCCGAGAAGAUCGUCGAAGAAGAGUCCGUCAUCGAAGACGGCGACCUUAUUGUCGCAGAAACGCCAAUUACGUUGUCCGUGCAGCAACAAGUGUAUCAACAAGAACGCCAACAACUGCUUCGAGCUCGGCGCCUUCGCGCCAUCUCGGGCACGGCGUGGAAGAUGCUAACCUGUGUCAAGUCGUCGCUGCCUUUUUACCUGAAUGAAGACACGCGGGAGGCGCAGUGGGAGUGCCCGCGAAUCUUGCUGAAAAACCAAGAGGACCGCACGGCCCGAGACGGGGGCUAUGCGAGCCUCCCGGUCGACGUGCUCGCUCGCAUUGCUGUUUUUACUGCACCAUUGGAACGUUUGACAUCGAUGGCUCGCGUUUGCAAGUCGUGGUCGCAGUUGGCACUUCACUCGCAGUUCUACGUGCGGUUGCAUUCAGAGGCAGGAGUCGAACGGCUCUCGACGCUGCUUUCUGGUGACACGGUGGUGCUGGGCAGUGGUAUCCACCGAGUCCCACACACGGUCACCAUUCGAGCGCGCGUUCGCCUCCUCGCGCCUCUCAACGGUGGUACAUCCACAAUGCUUCUGGCGCCUGGCGCUCAGCUCCAGUGGCAAGCCAACGGCGGCGAGAUUCGUGGUCUUCACAUCGGCCGGGCGGAGUCGGGAAUCGUCGUGGCCGGUGGCUCUGCGGUCGUCGUGGCCACCAAGCUGCGCAACCAUGGUCAGUGUGGCGUGACAGUUCUGCAUGGCACAGGCAUCUUCCGGAAAAACACGCUUGAACGCAACCGCCGGUACGGCAUCCGCCUGCUUACUGGCACACAACUCGCGACCGUCGAUGGUAACCGGUUUAUUGGUAAUGGCUGCGGCGCCCUUGAUCUCGAGCACUCGAGUCGACGCAUCAUCGUGCGCCAGAGUCAAAUACUUCCCGACGACGCUCCGAUUGUGUCAAAGCCUCAUGCUCACCAAGCCGUCAAGUUGCAAGGCUUGCGUCUCGAGGAUGUGUGCCGGGACAAACCAAUAAAGGAGGUGCGCAAGAAGAUGAUCAAGGCGCCCACGGCCCAGGUGUAA